UGCGAACUGGCGCAGGGAGAAAUCUCGCGAUAGCAGGCCGCCGGGCGGGGGUGGCGCUUCUUCCUCCUCUUCUGCUCGCGUUAGUUCCGGUCGCAGAGGAGACAGCGCCGCAGUUGCCGCCAGCUCGGGGAUUUCUGGCUCUUUUCUCUUCGCCUUAAAUUCGGGUGUCUUUUAUGAAUAAUCAAAAGCAGCAAAAACCAACGCUAUCAGGCCAGCGUUUUAAAACCAGAAAAAGAGAUGAAAAAGAGAGGUUUGACCCUACUCAGUUUCAAGACUGUAUUAUUCAAGGCUUAACUGAAACUGGUACUGAUUUGGAAGCAGUAGCUAAGUUUCUUGAUGCUUCUGGAGCAAAACUUGACUACCGCCGCUAUGCAGAAACACUCUUUGACAUUCUGGUGGCUGGUGGAAUGCUGGCCCCAGGGGGUACACUGGCAGAUGACAUGAUGCGCACAGAUGUCUGUGUGUUUGCAGCACAAGAAGACCUAGAGACCAUGCAAGCAUUUGCUCAGGUUUUUAACAAGUUAAUAAGGCGCUACAAAUACCUGGAGAAAGGUUUUGAAGAUGAAGUUAAAAAGUUAUUGCUUUUCCUAAAGGGAUUUUCAGAGUCGGAGAGGAACAAGCUCGCUAUGUUGACUGGGGUUCUUCUGGCUAAUGGAACACUUAAUGCAUCCAUUCUUAACAGCCUUUAUAAUGAGAAUUUGGUUAAAGAAGGGGUUUCAGCAGCAUUUGCUGUAAAGCUCUUUAAAUCAUGGAUAAAUGAAAAAGACAUCAAUGCAGUGGCUGCAAGUCUCCGGAAAGUCAGCAUGGACAACAGACUGAUGGAGCUGUUCCCUGCCAAUAAGCAAAGUGUGGAGCACUUCACCAAGUAUUUCACUGAGGCAGGCUUGAAAGAGCUUUCAGAGUAUGUCCGCAACCAGCAGACCAUCGGGGCGCGGAAGGAACUCCAGAAGGAGCUUCAGGAGCAGAUGUCUCGCGGGGAUCCCUUCAAGGACAUAAUUUUGUAUGUCAAGGAGGAGAUGAAAAAAAAUAAUAUCCCAGAGCCAGUUGUCAUUGGGAUAGUCUGGUCAAGCGUGAUGAGCACUGUAGAAUGGAACAAAAAGGAGGAGCUUGUAGCAGAACAAGCCAUCAAGCACUUGAAGCAAUACAGCCCUCUGCUCGCUGCCUUUACUACCCAGGGUCAGUCUGAGCUGACUCUGUUACUGAAGAUUCAGGAGUACUGCUAUGACAACAUUCACUUCAUGAAAGCCUUCCAGAAAAUAGUGGUGCUUUUUUAUAAAGCUGAAGUCUUGAGUGAAGAGCCCAUUCUGAAGUGGUAUAAAGAUGCACAUGUUGCAAAAGGGAAAAGUGUCUUCCUUGAGCAGAUGAAGAAGUUUGUAGAAUGGCUCAAAAAUGCUGAAGAGGAAUCGGAGUCUGAAGGUGAAGAAGGUGACUGAAUUUUGAAACAACAUCCUCAGUAAAGCAAACAGGAGUUGUAGAUAAAAUGUCAUGUCUCAUGUGUCCUGGUUCUUACAUCUUCCUACCUCCCUAUAUCAAGCAUGAUAUAAGGGCUUUCAUGGCAAUUUUUAUUUUAACUGUUUUUAUGGUUCCUGGAAACGGUGGGUUUGGUUUCUGAAGCCAUGUGUAAGGAGCUGCAGGGGCUGUAGAACUGAAUCUGAUGUUGCAUUGGUUUGUCAGUUACCUUCUACCUCCUGUAUUUUCUACUGUAAUAAUGUGAUGUAAGGCCUCCCGCAACGAGCAGUUCACUUUAUUCCCUGGAUUUUCUAUAUAAACAGUUUUCAAGAUAUGAUUUGGUUAAAAAUAAUUUGUUACAAAAAAAAAUUCUGUUUGCAAAUUAAACUGUAAAAGUGUCCAAAAUCUCAAAAGGCAAUGAUUUGUGUGAUAAUUUAGUAUGUCUAGAACCCUGUUCAUCAGUGAAAAUCCUGUAGACAAUUGAAUCUAUAACAUGAAUUCGGAAGUAUUUGGACAAUUGGUUAUAUGUGAGCAUUUUAUUGUAUUUUUAACCCCAGAUGUUGUUUGCUCUCUGGAGAGCAAACUUGUUCAAGAACUCACACAUGGCAGAGGUAGGAAGAAGAAAGCUGAGCUUAUUCCUAGGAAGUUGUGUGUUCAUUUGUAUCUUUCCAGGUGGGUAAAGUAGAUACUCUUCAUACAAACAUUCUACUCAGGACACAGCUAGAUGGUUGAGGAAAGGGUUCCCAAAGGAUUGUCAGUCACUAACCCGUGAGAUUGUUGGGAGUGUUUCGGAUGAGCAUGUUCUAAUCGUAUCUAAACACGACUCCAUUUCCUGUUGUGCAGGUGACGGGCAGUCAUAGCCGUCUCCCACUUGUUUAUAUGGGCCUGGCUUCAUUUUACUAUGUUCAAAUACCUAGUAACAUACCCUACCUAGUUGCCAUUUUUUCUUUUCUUUUUUAUUGCCAUGAGCCAAAUACUUUCUUUAAAUGAUUAAUACAUUUAUUUUAAUGGCUGCCUUUUUCAUUGCUUUUCUUUUUGUUGUCUAUUUGUAGUUGGUGGGGGGGGUAGCCACCUUUUUGGCUAAAAGUGAACAUUUUGAAAGUUUCUUAAUUGGUAAAAGAAAAUAGUCUAGAAUAAUGCCACCAGAGACUGAGUGGAAAUUGCCCAUUUUGAAGGUGCCAUUCUUAGAAGCCAAUAAUUUGGUAUUUAUAACUUACCUUGAGAGAAUAACAUGUAAUAUAAUUUGAAAUAAAGGUAUAGUAACCUUGAGAGCAUUAUAGCAAAAACAUUUGACGGGUGGGGUGAAUUUGUAAAAUGAAUGACUUUGAUAAAGUUUUAUGCACAGGCAAAUGUACUCAUUAGAUUCUGUGUAGUGAUCUGCUUUUCCUUUGUAAUUUGUAGUCCUAAAAAGAAAUUUUUUU